AGUGCAAUCCGGGUUACCCGCGGAGUUCGGCAAAGGAAAUCUUCAGCUAGCUCGGGAGCGAGGAGCGAGCAGGAGAAGCGGCUCCCAAUCCCCGCGCUCACGCCCGCCUACUCCCUGGGCGGGCCGAAGUAUCACGUUUGCAAUCGCUCAGGAAGCAUCCGGCCCGUCUCCGGGGCCAGCGGGGCUGCGGUAGCUGCUGCUUAUCGGAGGCGAUGCCGAGGGGGCAUGCUGCUUGCUAGGCAGCACCCCUCCGGGAUCCGACUGCAUUAGUUAGCUAUCUCUGUCACCUGAAGCAACCGCCAGGUCGCCGGUUCCCCGUUCGGACCAGCCAGCGCUCCCCAGGAGUCUCAUUGGAACAGAACCAUGGGGCAUCCCCCACUGGAGUUCAGCGAUUGCUACCUGGACAGCCCCGAUUUCCGCGAGAGGCUCAAGUGUUAUGAGCAGGAGCUGGAGAGGACCAAUAAAUUCAUCAAAGACGUGAUCAAAGACGGCAACGCGCUUAUCAGCGCUAUGAGAAAUUACUCUUCUGCUGUUCAGAAAUUUUCUCAGACGCUGCAGACAUUUCAGUUUGAUUUCAUUGGAGACACUCUGACUGAUGAUGAGAUUAACAUCGCUGAAUCCUUCAAGGAAUUUGCUGAAUUGCUCAAUGAAGUAGAAAACGAGAGGAUGAUGAUGGUGCACAAUGCUAGUGAUUUGCUGAUAAAACCCCUGGAAAAUUUCCGGAAGGACCAAAUAGGCUUUACCAAGGAGCGGAAAAAGAAAUUUGAAAAAGAUGGUGAGAGGUUUUAUUCUUUGCUGGACCGGCACUUACAUCUGUCUUCCAAAAAGAAAGAGUCCCAGUUACAAGAGGCAGACCUUCAGGUGGACAAAGAGAGACAAAAUUUCUUCGAGUCCUCCCUUGAUUAUGUUUAUCAAAUCCAGGAAGUUCAAGAGUCCAAGAAGUUCAAUAUCGUGGAGCCAGUCUUGGCCUUUCUUCAUAGCCUCUUCAUUUCUAACAGCUUGACUGUGGAGCUCACACAGGAUUUCCUCCCAUACAAACAGCAGCUCCAGCUCAGUUUGCAGAAUACAAGAAAUCAUUUCUCCAGUACCCGGCAAGAGAUGGAAGAACUUAAGAAAAGGAUGAAAGAAGCUCCACAGACAUGCAAACUUCCAGGACAACCAACCAUUGAAGGCUAUCUCUAUACGCAAGAGAAAUGGGCUUUGGGAAUAUCCUGGGUGAAAUACUAUUGCCGGUAUGAGAAAGAGACCAAAACACUCACCAUGACACCUAUGGAGCAGAAGCCAGGUGCUAAGCAGGGGCCCUUGGACUUAACCCUGAAGUACUGCGUGAGAAGGAAGACGGAGUCUAUUGACAAGAGGUUCUGUUUUGAUAUAGAAACUAAUGAAAGGCCAGGAACCAUCACUCUGCAGGCCCUUUCAGAAGCUAACAGAAGGCUGUGGAUGGAAGCCAUGGAUGGGAAAGAACCUAUCUACCACAGCCCCAUAACGAAACAGGAAGAAAUGGAGCUGAAUGAGGUGGGGUUCAAGUUUGUUAGGAAGUGCAUCAAUAUCAUUGAGACCAAAGGGAUCAAGAUGGAGGGCUUGUACCGCACAGUGGGCAGCAAUAUCCAGGUUCAGAAGCUGCUGAAUGCCUUUUUUGGUAGCAAUUUUACUUUCAUAAUUCUUACUGGGAGUAGUUUAUGU